AUGUCCAUUGGAAAUUCAAGUAAGUUAAUUGAUUUGGAACUUGGUGGAAACAAAAUAGAUGGGUCCAUCCCCAAUGAGAUUGGGCAGGUUAAAUCACUUGCUAUCCUUUAUGUGUGGGAUAACCAUCUAACUGGCUCCAUACUUGUGUCCAUCGGACAGCUUAAAUCUCUUGAAGAGAUUUACUUGUCUGGGAACCAUCUUAGUGGCUCAAUUCCUGCAUCCAUUGGAAACCUUACAUCCCUCGCCAUCUUCAGUUUGUUCGCUAACAACAUUACAGGAUCCCUUCCUCCUGAAAUGAAUAACCUUACAAAUCUGGAAUACCUUUUUUUAAGCAAUAACUUCUUGUAUGGCUCUCUUCCAGAAAAUAUUUGUCUGGGUGGGAGACUUAAAAGGGUUGCAGUAGGAUACAACCAUUUUAUAGAUUCCAUUCCAAAAAGCAUGAGAAAUUACAGCUCCUUAGUCCGCUAUAAAGUUUUUGGCAUUCUACCUUGUGAACUUGGGAAAGCUACUCAAGUGCAGAAAUUUGAUCUGUCCUCCAAUCUUCUUGUAGGAAAAAUUCUAAAUGAAUUGGGCCAAUUGAGAUUGCUUUACGUUCUUAAACUCAAUGUUCGAAAAUCAGAACAAAACAAACACAACACAACUUAUCGAGGUUCGGUCAAGAUGACCUAUGUCCUCGUUGCUCCGGUGAGAGCUUCUGGUCUCUUAUUGAUCUUGCAGUAG